AGCUCUGUCUCGGCUCGCGCUGUUCAACUUCUCCUCCUAACCGAAAGGAACACCCCGCUCUGUCCGCUGCCAGGCCAUUGGCUGAGCCGGAUUCUACUGACCACGCCCCCUACAAUAUAUAAAUAUAUAACGAGGUCGAGAUGGCGGGUGUGUCGGGUGUGUGUACAGUACAUCCGCCUACCGUUUCAAUUGUGUGUAUGCUAAACGGGUGGGUAUUACAAAUCAUUGUCCAUGCCUCUGAAGUGUAUUUGAAUACAAUGUGAUUCUUAGCACAAAUAGCCCAUAUAUUCUGUCUUGACACCAGUCAACUGAUAACGUUGUAGCUGUAUAUCGCAUUAAUAGACCUACAAUGUCUUGAAAUGUCAUGCCAAUUCCCUUGUAUCCCGCCCCCAACACGCAUGCACGCACAUACACAUACAUGGACACAUACAUGGACACAUACAUGGACAUACACACACACACACAACCUCUCUCUCUUCUCUUGCUGCGUUCAAGGACCCUACAAAUAUGUGUCUUUCCAACUCUUAACACACCAUAACAAGAACACGUGCAGUUACAUUGCCUAUCUAUGUUAACACAACGUUUAAGUAAGAGAUAAAUAAAGUAUAUGAAGCAAGUGUCUUGUUCUGUAUGUUGUAAGGGGAAAACCCAGAGAAAGUGCACAUUCAUGUUCGAAGCUGCGUGAAGAGAUGGAACAUACACACACACACACACACACACACACACACACACAUAUAUAUAUAUAAUAUAUAUAUUCAAACAUGCACGAAUAAUAUUAUAGCGGAAUCAUAACAGGGAAAAUGGUAUCUUCACAAUCAAGCCUCUAAAAUCAUAAAAGGCACCGCGUGUUCUGCAUGUGCUUUCAUGAUAUUAAUAAAUCCGAAAGCACUUGAGGGCACCAUGGCUGUUACAUUAAGGGUAUUCUUGAUAUGUCCUUUUAGCACUAGAUGAAAGACUUACCAUUAAAUUGCAAAUGACCCCAAACUUGUGUUAAUAAUGAGCUCGAGCAUUAAAGGAAAAUAGAUUAGGGACAACAUACUGAUACAUUUAAAGGUCAGUGGAAAGUCAGGCACAAUGCAUGAAGGCCAAUAUUUCCUGGACAGGUUUAUCUGCUUACAGUUUAUAGCGUAUGCUGUGUAACUAUUGCACUUUUUUCUCCAUUUGCUGCCACUGAUAAGAAGGCUGGACGGAUAGAUACAUGAGGUCUAACCGGGUCUAACACACAGACGCGAAUCACCAUCAAAAACACUGUCUGUGCAAGGUGAUAUUUCACCUUGCACAGACAGUGUCUAUCACAUAAGUUAAUGUUAUCGUGCUGAAACAUGUAGCAAUGCGAUUCAAACUAUAGUUAAUAAAGUAGAUAUUUGAGCACAGUUUUGAAAUACUUUAUAUGACACAUAUUAUUUGUUUUUAGUGAACUUAUUACCUCAAAGUAUACUGUAUUUGCGUGUUUAGGGUCGUUUGUUCACAAGAAACGCUUUGGAGUUAUUACAACCAUCCUCCCUGUUUGGAGCAUUUUACGUCUGCUUUGUUGACGUCUUGCACGGACUCUUUUACGCCCUCCGCCUUCCCAGCAUGCACUGCGAGGUCUGCAGUAUAUUAAUGACAAAGAAAAAAGGGCUGAAGAGAAACAACAACAGGGUGGGAUCUGAGGCUCAAACCCUGGCGAUAGCACUGACAUUACAAGAACCUCUGUGCUGACAACAAGUGCUACGUCAUGUGCCUGAGGCGAUGAGAGUGGAAAGCGCCACCUGAAAGGAUUUUACACAGCUUGAAAGUUUGUGGAGAGAGGGGUGGGGGGGCCCAGGCAGACCGUGGACGGGGAAGGGGAAGAGCUCAGCGGGGGCCAAUGCAGCAGCAGCACCGACAGCCUGAGCUGGUGGAAGGAAGCCUUCCCGUGUUCGUGUUCCCCACUGAGCUCAUCUUCUACGCAGAUGACCAGACGUCUCACAAGCAGGUGCUCACCCUCUACAACCCCUAUGAGUUCGCGCUCAAAUUUAAAGUGCUGUGCACAGCGCCAAACAAAUACACUGUGGUGGAUUCCACCGGAGCUGUCAGGCCACAGUGUUGUGUGGACAUAGUAAUCCGACACAGAGAUGUGCGUCCAUGCCAUUACGGCGUGUACGACAAGUUCCGGCUGCAGGUUUCGGAGCAGAGUCAGCGGAAAGCCCUGGGUCGCAAAGAGGUGACGGCCACGCUGCGUCCCUCCGCCUCUCAGGAGCCGCCCAGCCCCCGGCCCCAAGAUGACGAACGCAGGAUCAAAGAACUGGCAGACAGCGAGUUCUUUGAACAGACUGUUUUACAUACAGAGAGCCGUCCUGCUGCUGGAGGCCCCAGUCUGCUGACGGUGCUGCUGGGGCUCGUGUGUAUGGUCGCCCUGAUGCUCCCCACCCUGGGGGAGCAAGAAUCUACUGUGCCUCUCUACCUCCACUUAAGUGUUAACAAGAAACUUGUAGCUGCUUACGUUCUCGGUCUUCUUACGAUGGUCAUCCUUCGCACAUGAUGCGCAGCGAGCUGAGAGGAGGGAAAUGAUGUAAAGACGAGAAGAAACGUCCCCACACAGGAGGCACUGCUACGCUUCAAUGAGUACGGCUGACCGCAGAGGGACGCAGUACUUAUUCACCCCGGCCCCUGAAAAAUCAUUUUUUUAGUAUACUCGUUUUUAAAAGCCGCUUAUUUGUGUUAAUACAUAAACUGACGCUGAGCUGCGGAGACCCUCGGUGAAAGGAGGGCCCGUGAAGAAACAUGAGGGCCAUUCAAAGUGUUUGACCUCAUAUUCCGUGUUUGUAUUGCCAUUAUGUAACAGAGUAUGGUUAACUGUGUGAAGGACUCUACAUGCAGACAUGUAUAUAAAGCCAUUAAAAUGUUGUUAUGGUAUUUUUCUGUAACCAUCAUUAUA